UCAAAUUUCAAUUUUCGCAAAAGAGGACAAGGGCUUCACUUCUAGAUCUGUUCUCCUCUCGCUCUCUUCCCCCGAUCUGCUUCUGGUGUGUCGUUUUCCCGUUCUUCUGUCUCCGCUCUGAUCGGCGGUCGUCGUCCACCUUUCUCCGUUGAUGGCCGUGACGCUGCAGCCUUAUUAACUUCUUUUUGUCCAUUUUGAACGUCCAUCAAUCUGAGGUUGAUUUUGCUUCAAAACUUUCGAGACGGUUUUUCUGCAACAUCUUUACAGUUUGAACAUUUUGCGAGGGGGAUCGUCUUCUAACUUGUAGAAAAUGGAAAAUUCAAAAAUUCAAGAGAUAUUGGAGAAGCAGGUGUUGACGGUGGCGAAGGCCGUGGAGGACAAGAUUGAUGACGAUAUUGCAGCGCUAGAUCGUCUGGACCUUGACGAUUUGGAGGCUUUGAGGGAGCGAAGAUUGCAGCAGAUGAAGAGGAUGGCGGAGAAGCGUAGUCGAUGGAUCUCCCUUGGCCAUGGCGAAUACUCUGAGAUUCCCGUCGAGAAGGACUUCUUCUCCGUAGUCAAGGCUAGUGAUCGCGUGGUCUGCCACUUUUACCGUGAAAAUUGGCCCUGCAAGGUUAUGGACAAGCACUUGAAUAUCUUGGCAAAGCAACAUAUUGAGACUCGUUUCGUAAAGAUCAAUGCCGAGAAAAGUCCAUUUCUGACUGAGAAGUUGAAGAUCAUUGUUCUUCCAACCCUUGCUCUUGUCAAAAAUGCAAAAGUUGAAGACUAUGUGGUGGGAUUUGAUGAGCUUGGUGGAACUGACGAAUUCAGCACAGAGGAAUUGGAAGAGAGGUUGGCGAAAUGUCAAGUCAUCUUCUAUGAAGGCGAAUCGUCCAUAAAUGUUUCAAAAUCUAGUGCACAAACCAGGAGGAGUGUGCGGCAAAGUGCCAGAGCAGACUCAUCAGAUUCGGAAUAAAUGAACAUUCCAGUUGUGGGAGGGUUACCGGUAUGCAUAUGCACUUGUUCUCGACAAAAAUUUGAGUGACCUUAUUAUGUUGUUCAUAUCGUCCCUUGAAUGGCAGAAAUGUGGCAUGUUUGCUUGCUUUGUUGCAA